AUGCGUCUCUUCCUGCUGGCGGUUUUUUUCUCGUGCUCCUUUGCACGGGGAGGUUGCGAGCCAAAGAUCGUGAACAUCGGCGCGGUGCUGAGCCAGAAGCGGUAUGAGCAGGUGUUCAAGGACGCCGUCGCACAAGCCAACCAGAUGUAUGGAAGAGAGAAAUUUAAGUUAAACGCCAUCUCCGUCACCCACAAACCCAACGCUAUCCAGAUGGCCCUUUCCGUGUGUGAGGACCUAAUCUCGAGUCAGGUGUAUGCCAUCCUAGUGAGCCACCCGCCCCAGUCCAACGACCACCUCACCCCUACACCGGUGUCCUACACCGCCGGAUUCUACCGCAUCCCCGUGGUGGGGCUGACCACACGCAUGUCCAUCUACUCUGACAAGAGCAUCCACCUGUCCUUCCUGCGCACGGUCCCGCCCUACUCCCACCAGGCGCACGUGUGGUUCGACAUGAUGCGCGAGUUCCGCUGGAACCACAUCAUCCUCAUCGUCAGCGACGACCACGAGGGCCGGGCCGCCCAGAAGAGGCUGGAGACGCUGCUGGAGGAGCGGGAGACCAAGAAUAAAAAAAGGAACUAUGAAAACCUCGACCAACUGUCCUAUGACAACAAACGAGGACCCAAGGCAGAGAAAGUCCUUCAGUUCAGCCAAGACACAAACUUGACUGCGCUGCUCCUGGAGGCCAGAGAGCUGGAGGCGCGCGUCAUCAUCCUGUCAGCCAGUGAAGAGGACGCGGCGGCGGUCUACAAGGCUGCUCGUUACCUCAACAUGACGGGCUCCGGUUACGUGUGGCUGGUCGGAGAGAGGGAGAUGUCUGGUAAAGCGCUCAGUGAAGCGCCAGACGGUCUGAUUGGCCUACAGCUCAUCAACGGGAAGAACGAGUCGGCGCACAUCAGCGACGCGGUGGCGGUGGUGGCGCAGUCCAUCCAGGAGCUCUUCGAGAAGGAGAACAUCACCGAGCCGCCCCGGGGCUGCGUGGGCAACACCAACAUCUGGAAGACGGGGCCUCUGUUCAAGCGGGUGCUUAUGUCAUCGAAGUACCCAGAAGGCCUCACGGGACGCGUGGAGUUCAACGACGAUGGCGACAGAAAGUUCGCGCACUACAGCAUUCUCAACUACCAGAAGAGCCGACUGAUUCAAGUGGGCAUAUACAACGGCACCCAGGUGGUGCUGAACACUCAGAGGAAGAUCAUCUGGCCCGGAGGAGAGACUGAAAAACCAAGAGGAUUCCAGAUGUCAACAAGAUUAAAGAUAGUGACCAUUCACCAGGAGCCCUUUGUGUAUGUAAAACCUACCAUGCAGGACGGGACCUGCAUGGAAGAGAUGACGCUAAACGGAGUCUUAAUUAAAAAGGUGAUCUGCACUGGCCCCAAUGAAACCAUCCCAGGUAACACCACAGGACGCCCAAUCGUCCCGCACUGCUGUUAUGGCUUCUGCAUCGACCUUCUAAUCAAGCUGGCAAUGACCAUGAACUUCACCUACGAGGUGCACCUAGUCGGCGACGGGAAGUUCGGUACGCAGGAGCGGGUGAAUAACAGCAAUAAGAAGGAGUGGAACGGUAUGAUGGGAGAGCUUCUGGGCGGCCUGGCUGACAUGAUCGUUGCCCCGCUCACCAUAAACAAUGAGCGGGCGCAGUACAUCGAGUUCUCCAAGCCCUUCAAGUAUCAGGGGCUCACCAUCCUGGUCAAAAAGGAAAUCCCUCGCAGCACGCUGGACUCGUUCAUGCAGCCGUUUCAGAGCACGCUGUGGCUGUUGGUGGGUCUGUCGGUGCACGUGGUGGCUGUGAUGCUUUACCUGCUAGACCGCUUCAGCCCGUUUGGGAGGUUCAAAGUAAACAGUGAAGAAGAAGAGGAGGACGCGCUCACCCUUUCCUCUGCCAUGUGGUUCUCCUGGGGAGUGCUGCUCAACUCCGGUAUCGGAGAAGGCGCACCGCGCAGCUUCUCAGCGAGGAUCCUGGGAAUGGUGUGGGCGGGUUUCGCCAUGAUCAUUGUGGCCUCCUACACUGCCAACCUGGCAGCCUUCCUAGUGCUGGACCGACCUGAGGAACGCAUCACUGGCAUCAACGACCCGAGGUUACGCAACCCGUCCGACAAAUUCAUCUACGCCACGGUGAAGCAGAGCUCUGUGGACAUCUACUUCCGGCGGCAGGUGGAGCUGAGCACCAUGUACCGCCACAUGGAGAAGCACAACUACGAGAGCGCCGCCGAGGCCAUCCAGGCUGUGCGCGACAACAAGCUGCAUGCUUUCAUCUGGGACUCUGCGGUGCUGGAGUUUGAGGCUUCGCAGAAGUGCGACCUGGUGACCACGGGAGAGCUGUUUUUCCGUUCGGGGUUUGGCAUAGGCAUGCGCAAGGACAGCCCGUGGAAACAGAACGUGUCCCUGGCCAUUCUCAGUUCCCAUGAGAACGGCUUCAUGGAGGACCUGGACAAAACCUGGGUGAGGUACCAGGAGUGUGACUCCAGGAGCAAUGCCCCGGCCACACUCACCUUUGAGAAUAUGGCAGGUGUGUUUAUGCUGGUUGCCGGAGGCAUUGCGGCCGGAAUCUUCCUCAUCUUCAUCGAGAUCGCCUACAAAAGGCACAAAGACGCCCGCAGGAAGCAGAUGCAGCUGGCCUUCGCGGCCGUCAACGUCUGGAGGAAGAAUCUGCAGGACAGUAAGGAAGCCUCAGGGAUUCAAGUUGAGGGCCCGGCCGAGAGUCCAGCAUUACCUUCUUCCUCUGUAGAGAAACAGGAUGAUAGGACAGGUGGUAGAGCAGAGCCCGACCCCAAAAAGAAAACCUCUUUUAGGUCCAUCAGUACCUCCCUGGCCUCCAGCAUCAAGAGACGUAGGUCCUCCAAAGAUACGCAGUACCCACCGACUGACAUCACGGGCCAGCUGAACCUAUCAGAUCCGUCCGUCAGUACAGUGGUGUGAAAGCGAGAGAGACAGAGAGAGAGAGAAAGAGCUAUUCGGACCAGAGAGAGGGAGAGAGAGAGAGAGAGCAAGAGAGAGAGACUAAGGGGGGGCGAGGAACAGAGGGGGCUGUUGGACACUCCACGUCUCCUGCACCUCACCCCCCACCCCACCCCGUCUGUCUGAGAGACGGUGCGUGGGGCACUUCACAAACGCUCCGAAAACGGAACCUCAACAAACAGACGCUCAGGCAACAUUCCGACCACAAUCCGACUCAACGUCCAAUCUGAAGCCAAACUUCAGAGAACAUUCCGCCAACACCCUGACUCAACAUCCAAUCAGAAGCCAAACCGCAGACAACAUUCCGCAGACAACCUGACUCAACGUCCAAUCGGAACCCAGUAGCACAAAUGCAAUGGGGACCUGCACCAUCCUGUUCCUCUAUCCCCUUCCUGUUUAAUGCUUGACUCACUUUGUGCAGAUAUUGAACUGUCAGAUAUGGUAGUGAGACAAGUACGAUUUAUCAAAUAUUACUUUUGUAAAUGUUUUAGAGUAUUUGAAAGUACGAUAAACAAAACAUAGGCUACAGUUUGAUGGAUUCUUAGGUGGAAGGAAUUAUGCUUAUGAUGCAACAUUAUUUCUUAAGUAUUUUUAGGCAAUCUGUUAUAAUAGCUUUCUUUUUAAGAUGAAUACCUGUCAUUUAAAAAGCUCACCAUAUCUAAAUACAUUAGAUAUGUUAUUUGUUAAAUUAGGGCAAGCUUUAGUAUUGAGUGUGUGAGUAUAUGGUAUGAGUUUGUCUUCGAUUUAAACCACUGCGGUAAAAGUUGUAGCAUGCACAAACGUAACUACGUUGAUACGAAUCAAAGUUUAGCGCAUUGAUUCUUUGUUCAAACCGUUGUUUUUAACACUUGAAUUGCAGUUAGCUCAAUGCUCGUGGAACUCUACGGUACUUCUAUUUCCUCUUUAUCGGCUAGUUUCCUUUCUCUGUUCGUCCAGUGCAGUCAUUGGUGCCCUGUGACGGAACUGUCGCUCAGUGGAUUAUGUGUUAGUUACUUAGAUCAGGAAUGUUUUCGAGUAUUUACGCAGCAUGCAAGGUCAUCUUUUCAAGGAGCUCCCCCCCCCACAGAACCAGGGUAUUUCUCUCUCCAAAAAGGGGGGGGAUCUCAAGAAAAGGAAGCAGUUUUGGCUACUGUAUUGUGUUUCUUGCUGUAUGCCCUCUCUUAAAACCGAUAUUUUGCUGGAAAUGCUCAACAUGGCUGCUCGUGCCGGCCCUGGCCGUGGAGAAAAUGGCCGUCUUAUUUUAACAGACUCCUGGUAGCUCUUUUUGUGACGGGAGAGCGAGGCUUUGCGAGACCCAUGGGCGGGGCUACUGUGUGCUGUCAAUCACUGAUCCAUCUCAGCCAUCUCAGCCAAUCAAUUGCUCCCCAUCAACGCUACGAACCACUCCUCGAAACAUCAGGUCAUUGACAGCACUCAAUAGCUCCACCCCCUCUGGAGUUCACAAAGCCCCACCCUCCCAUCACAAGGUAGUCUCAUUCAGUGGACUAUGUGUGUUUGUUCUUAGCGUCCAGUACGAUUUAGAACAUUGUGAUUUUGUAAUAGAGUCUGUUUAGUUUUAAUGCUCUGGUGCACCUCAGCCAGUUCUGCUGUUUGGGCCAGUACUCUCUCUCUGUCCAAUCAAAUCCAGUCUUUCUCAACUCCAGUUCCCACGGUGCAUCAAAGGGCCAGGUUUUUCAUCCAACCAGCACUUGAUUCUUUCAUGUAAAAAAAAUAUUUUAAUUUCAAAAACACGCACAUGACAAGGAGACCCCCUCUCUCAGGCAUUCCUAGAUUCUUUUUUUAUUUUUAUUUUUUUUUUACAUGAAAUGAAUGCAGGUGAUUUUCCAGCUCAGUUGAUGCAGAACUCCUUUUCAAGUGUCAACUUGGUUAGUUGCAAAAACAGGCCGUUUCCCAAGUUCUGGAGCCGAGAAAACUCCCUACUGCUGCAUGUUAAAUAAAUUUAAAGAAAAGACUACCUGAUGCACAUCGUCCACCACAGAGGACGAGCUCACCUUUGAGUACAGACACACUGAGCAGCACUUUAAUGUCAGGACUUUAUGUGAUUCUUAUGUGAAAUAAUGAAUGUGACAAUGUGUGACUAUAAACAGGUCUAACUGCACCCAAUUGCAUUUCAGUUUAUUUGCUUUGUAAAAUAUCUAUAAAGCACUAGCUCUAUGAAGUGCUCAGAUCGUUAAUUUGUUAAUUUGUCUGAAAACGUGUGCACUGAGAUAUGUGUGUCUCAACACUGAAGUUUGGGUUUAGCUGUCACUAGCCAGUGUUUCUUUAUUGAACUCCAACCUUCAGACGCAAAAACCUGCUUUAAUAACAUUUUAAAAAACUAUUCACCAUACGGUAUCUAUGUCAGACCUGAGUAACUGGUUAUUUCUUUUCAAAUUUUCUGACUAAAUAAUAUGCAUGUGUGUUUAUUUUCACUUGUACCAUUAUGGAUUGCUUUAUUUACACUGAUUGAUUAUGCACAGUAUAUAUUUUGCACAUCCUGAUUUAGCUCUCAGAUGAUUUUUUUGCACUGAAAAUAUAAAGUGAUUUGCUUUAGUAGGUUUAAAGGUAGAUUGUGAGACAUUUACACUGAAAGGAAGUCGUUUUGACAACUUUUUUUGGGGAAGGGGGAACACGUGCUCGAUAAUUUAUGUAUUUAGUUUGUUAUUCAUUGUUGUUAUUUAAUUAUUUAAUAGCCAUGUACAUUUCAUUCAGAUACGAGAAUGCACCAAGUCUUUCCCAUGAAAAAAUAUACUGUAUAUAAAUGCAAGUGUAAAUAAAAUGAAUUUAUAUGUGCCAAUAAAAAAGGACACUUGUCAAUGCAUCAGUAUGCAGUGAA